UUUAUCUCUAAACUUGUCUGAACUUGAAUAAGACGCUGUUGCAUUCCGUUGAUUGUUUUAAAUUGAUACACUUAAAUAGAAACGGUUAAAACGGUAUUCAAUGGAGAACCGAUUUAAGAUUAACGUAAAAACUGGUGAAAACGUGGAAUAACGAUAUCAGACGUGAUUACAAUGUGAGGAACAUGUAAAGUCGUAGAAAAUUGAAAUUCAAAAGAACAAACCUAUAAUAUGUUUCCGUUGUAACUUUGAAAAUGUAAAUAAACAGCAAAGAAUCGAGAAGGCAUCACUGUCCAUGAUCUGUAAAUCUGUGACAACCGUUUUUUUUUAGUUUAUCUUUCACUGAGUUUUGUCCUAGCGUUGUAUAUAACCGUUAUGUAUGAAUGUUCCUAAAAGAAAACUCAUUCGCUUCCUUUGGAUUGAGUUUCUGGGGUCGAGAGAUAUUUACCGAUGAUCGCACGAUAAGAAUCAUUGGCUUCCUUCGGAUUGAGUUUCCAUGAUCGAGAGAUAUUUGCUGAUAUUCGCAUGAUAAGAAUCAUUCGCUUCCUUCGGAUUGAGUUUCUAUGAUCGAGAGAUAUUUAUCAGUGUUGGCACGAUAAGACUAUUCAGCUUCCAUAUUCGAGAGAUUCAAAGCAUCAACGUGUUUGAAACCUUUAAAAUCGAAGAAACAUGGCUAAUAUUUUGAGCGAUGCUGAGAAGGUUAAACAGUAUCUUUUAGUACAUGGCCACAAGAAUGUUGACGACAGAACGUUGUUGGAGAUGUUGGAGAGCUUUGGUGAGGACAGAGACACUCACAGCGUGGUGAGACUCCUCCUGGGCGAUUCCGGAUUCCACGACCAAGAAGAGGAUCUGGAGAACUCAACGAGUGACAAAAAUUAUCUUCCAAAAGUCCAAGAAGAGAUUCCAAGCUCAACGAGUGAUAAAACUUGUCUUCAAAAGGCUAUAACCUCUUCGAAGCAAGAAGCAUGGGAAACAAAAACUAAGACAAAGAGUAAAGAAAGUACCAAGGAAGUUAGGGAUGAGCCCAAUGCUUUUAAUAUUUUAAAUCAGAUACCGAGUAAUAAGGAAUCUUCAAAGGCUACGCAUGAAAUUCCUAUCGAAUGCAGCUCUAGCACCUCCGAUGAUGAUUUCAACAAUGACAUUUAUGAACUGGCCAGUUCUUUUUAUGGCUCCGAUGACAAUAGCUAUUACUUGGAGCCCUCCGAAGCUGCCUCUGUUUCAGAUAAUGAAGAGACCAAAGAACCUUUCAUAAUGUUAAACACGUUUCAGAAACGAACUUCACCUAUCGGAGGAAUUGAAGAGUCUUCGAUCAGCAGGGAAAAUGAGGCUCUACCUGUGGACAUGAUCGAAGAGAACAAUAACGAUCCAAAUAAUAAUUUAGACCCCAUUCAGAUGCUCAAUCAGGACGAGGAAGAUUCCCUGCAUCGGUCUAUCGACUCCAUUGAAUUAAUUGAUGUUGAUCAAAUGAGUGCCAACAAUCCGCAGCCUGGUUGCAGUAAAGAUUCGGUUUUUAUUGAGAACUCUUCCGAUGACUUCAGCUCUCUUUCAAGAAAAUACAAUUCGAAGCAUUCUAAGUCCAUCGUAGAGGAGGCAUCAAUGAUAGGUCAACUUCUACCUAGGAUAAGUCUUUCGUUAAUAUAUUUACAUCUUCUUAAUAACCGGCAUGCCAGGAAUCGAAUUGAAAUUACUCUCUGGGAUGUCUUGCCAAGGAAGAGGCCGCAUCCUAUUCCACAUAGGAAAAGAUAUUCCCACGAAGAUCUCUGUCCGUUGAAGUCAAAGAAGUCUUCCGAAAAGCCUUCGAGCUUGAAAAAGUCAGAAAAUAGCUUGUCGCAGUCGGACAGUCUCAAUUUGGCAAGUCUUUUUGACACCGAUGCCUCGAAGAAUGAAGGCAAAAAGGAGACUUCGAUAAAAGCUGGUCAAUAUCAAGCCAAAAAAAUUAUUCUGCGGAAAUCUAAAUUUCUGGAUGGAGUAGGAACUGCUCAGAGUUCAAAGGAUAAUUGUGAAUACGCCAAAGAUAAUUGCGAAGUGAUUAAUCUUUCUCCUUUGUUACCAGAAGAUGAGAAGAUUCAACAGGAAGCGCGGAAACAAGAAGCUUGUCCUUUGAGAGAGAUGGAGCGGACUGAACAAUCGAAGCAUCAACGACAGACGAAGAAAGUGAUUUUAAAGAAAUCCAAGUUUAAGAAUCUCGAGAGAACAACCGAUGUAAAUUUACUGAAGUACAAUGGCAAGAGUGCUUCGAUGACAGAUUCUGUUACCGAGGAAGGUCAAAGAAAUACUGCGAUUCAAAGUAUGGUUGAAACGACGUCUCAAGAACCUGGUGAUAAAGUCAAUGUCGAAGUGCUUAAUAAUGUGUCUUCUUUGGUGCCAGUUGUGAUAAACAAUUCAACGCCAGAUUCUGUUCAUCGAGAGCCAGCAAUAAUUACUAAGAGUGAUAACGUAAGAGCAGCUACGAGUGUCUCAAGUCAGAAUGAAAUUCGUGAGAGUGUUGCAUCGUUUUUCUGCGAUAAUCGUAAUUUAGUGGCAUCGACUCCAAUUUCCAACACUGUCAGUGAAGUUACGGCACAUGGGUCAACGUUUUGGGACAGCAGGAAAAUGGACAGUAAUUUAACGAUGAAUGUUACGAAUGAAACGAGUGCACAACCGUUAGACAACUAUUAUCGUUUAAGUGAGAAAGGUGAUGGAGUUGUUACACGAAAAGAGAAAACCUCAAUUUAUCACUUCAUCCAUGCAAUAAAGCCACAUAAUUCAACGCCUGUGGCUGACAGAAGAAUUGGCAAUAACUCAACAUCGAGUGUCACGUAUAACAAAAGUUCACCACCAUCAGUCAACUAUCAUCGCUUAAAUAAAUCAGGAAGCUUCCCUUCAAGUCAUUGGAACGAUGGUCCCUCGUCUUCAGCAAAUGUUUAUAGAGAAGCUGGAAACGGAAACGGAAACGGAAACCCAUCAACGUUGACCAUUAAGGCAGCUGGCAAUUGGAACCAUGGUCCCUCGACAUCUUCAGCAAAUGCACAUAGAGGAGCUGGAAACGGAAACGGAAACGGAAACGGAAACCCAUCAACGUUGACCAUUAAGGCAGCUGGCAAUUGGAACAAUGGUCCCUCGACAUCUUCAGCAAAUGCACAUAGAGAAGCUGGAAACGGAAACCCAACAACUUGGACCAUUAAGGCAGCUGGCAAUUGGAACGAUGGUCCCUCGUCAUCUUCAGCAAAUGCAUAUAGAGAAGCUGGAACCGGAAACGGAAACGGAAACGGAAACCCAACAACUUGGACCAUUAAGGCAGCUGGCAAUUGGAACGAUGGUCCCUCGACAUCUUCAGCAAAUGCAUAUAGAGAAGCUGGAACCGGAAACGGAAACGGAAACGGAAUCCCAACAACUUGGACCAUUAAGGCAGCUGGUAAUUCUGUAAGAACGAGUCAGUUGGGCGCGCCGUCCGAGAAAGUCGCUCAUAAUCACCAAAGAAAGCGAACUUUCCACUUUGGCGCCACCAGCAACGCGGGAAAUACUGGAAACAGUGUGACGCAGAAAGUACCUAUAGGUCCCCAAUUGAUGGGAUCUGUGGUACCAACCAACGAUAUGACGUCAGAGGUUGAGGUGCUCAGUGCGAGCGACCAGUUGGGCGCGCCGUCCGAGAAAAUCGCUCAUAAUCGCCAAAGAAAACAAACUUUCCAUCUUGGCGCCACCAGCAAAGCGGGAAAUACUGGAAACAGUGUGACGCAGAAAGUACCUACGGGUCCCCAAUUGAAGGAAUCUGCGGUACCGACCAACGAUAUGACGUCAGAGGUCGAAGUGCUCAGUGCGAGCGAGCUGAAGAAAAUCGAGGACAUGAGGAAGUCGGUUUAUCGGCAGCUUACUAGCAUCUUUACCGACGUCGAUCGGGAUUUUCUGCACGAGUUGUGCAAGCGGGAAUUAAAUCGCAGCGGGUUAAGCGAGUGGGGAAGUCUCGAACGACUUGUGGAGUAUUUACUGGUAGAGGGGGAACACCAUCCCCGAGUCAUCACCGUAGACCCUGACCCGCCACAAUACAACGUAGACGAGCAGUAUGAGAACCUUCUGGAGAUAUUUCCAAACGCCGAUCCUAAUUAUCUUCGCUCAGUUGCCGAGAAGAUGUACAAUCAGCCUGAAAAGGCGCAAGCGUAUGUCCAGUCCAUGCUGGAGAAUCCUGACUAUCCCACGAAAGAUGAGUGCCUCAAGAAAAUCAAGAUCAAUGAACAGCAGAAACAGUACACCAUGGAUUUCGAUGUGGCCCAGUUUUUGGAAAUAUUCCCGGACCCCUUCAAGCACUUUGAAGACCCACAACGGACAUGCAAAUAUAGUGUCGCCGGCUUCGAGUUUCUCAAGGGAUAUUUUAAUAAGAUUAAGAUCAACACAAUUUCAAAAAUCUACUCUGCAUCUAAAUUCCAUCUGACGAACACCGCAGAACAAUUGGAACUGUUGUCGCCGAAUAUGAAAACCUGUCGCCCUUAUCGGAUUACACCGACGGAGGACAUUCCUUUGUUACAAGAAAUGGCAUUUAUCCGUCAUAAAAGUUCAAUUAAAAACCUCUUGGAGAUUAGGAGGACGAAAGAACAGGAGGAAUUUCAAAGACUGAAGGAUUCGAACGAGUUGCUGGAGUGCCAGUGUUGUUUCAACGACGAGUGCAUGCCUUCUAAAUGUGCGACAUGCGAUAAUGGACACAUCUUUUGUCAUUCCUGCAUUGUCCACGGGACGGAGAUAACAAUGGCGGAAGGUGAGACGCGGAUAAAAUGCUUCACCGAAUGCGAUGGAGAAUUUAUCAUCAGCACGCUGCAAGAAGUUUUGAAGCCCACGAAGUUCAGCAUCCUUUUACAAAAGAGACAGGCUGCGGAGGUUAUGGCUGCUAGCCUCGAAGGAUUAGUUUCCUGUCCGUUCUGCCAUUUUGCAUCCAUUCCACCGCCAGAAGAUAAAGUCUUCAAGUGUUACAAUCCAGAAUGUAUGAAAGAAUCCUGUCGACUUUGCAAGGAACUGAAUCACGUCCCAUAUGGCUGCCAUGAACGAUCGAAACUGGAGGAUGCUCGCCAUCAUCUUGAAGAGUCGAUGACACGGGCUCUAAUUCGUAAUUGUUACAAGUGCCAAAGGCCUUUCUUCAAGGAAGAAGGGUGCAACAAGAUGCAGUGUCCUUGCGGGGCAAUGAUGUGCUACAUAUGUAACAAGCCUGUAAAAGAUUACACACACUUCAACGCCCAAGGCGCAGAACGAAUUGAUCUAUGUCCUCUCUGGAGCGAUAACAAACGACUGAAUGCAGAGACAGUCCUUAAGGCAGCAGAAGUCACGCAGAAGAAGUUGCAGACAAAGGACUCUAAUCUUAAACUCAAUGCCGAAGAACUAUUACCGACAUUGCCUCCAGCUUCCGCUGGCCCUCACGAACAGAUCGCAAACGCGCAUGUACUGCCGCAACACGUCCAAGAAGAAAUGGAGCCUCGUUGACAAUAACUCGUCUAUGAUACUUUGUCUAUUCCUACAAAUUUGAGGAUAAGUAUACACAUAUAGAUAUAUGUCUACAGUAUUAUGUUUUCCGUUUUUGUUUUUUAUUUCUUUGAUUUUUCUUUGUAUGUAUGUGUCCGGCGCCUCAUUCGAUCCAUGUUUUUCGUUUUCUUUUUCCGAAAUUGCGCCAAAAAGACUGUUUUUAUUUUUCGUACGUAACAUAAGUACUUAAGGGUAAUUUUCAAAGGAAUUAUUCGGCGGAUUUAAGGCGGCGGGAAAGUGACGUAUUUGAAGUCUCGUUUAUGAAACUUUUCAUCGAACUGGGUGUACCGAAUCGUUUCAAACUUGAAACUAUGAACAUG